AUGAAAUUCCCUCUCAUCCUAUUGCUUCUCCUAUUGGGGGCAGUGUCUUCUCUUCAUCAGAAACAUGAGCCUCUCAAGUUAGAGUCAGAGGAAGAAAAAGCUCUGAGUCAGGAAUUAGAGACUCCAGAGGGAGAGAAUGAGGAAGAGGAUGAUGAAGAGAAGGAGGCUGACAUUGCUGAGGAGAAUGAUGACUUUUGCCCAAAGGAAGAGGACGUAGACCAUAUACUGGGUAUUCCAGGAUGUAAGACCUGCCGGUUCCUGGUUGUCAGGAAGCCAAGGAAAUUCGGAAGAGCACAGCGCAUCUGCAGACGUUGCUAUAAGGGCCAUCUGGUCUCUAUCCACAGCUCCCAAACCAACUACCGAAUCCAGUGUUCAGUUAGAGGAAUCAACCAGGGCCAGGUCUGGAUUGGAGCCAAACGCAAGGGCUGG